AUGUGUCAAAUGCACCUACAAAGCGAGAAACCACAGACGAAGGUAAGAUAAAACUUCUUGUUUUUCACGUUACUCGGUCUCCUUUGUUCUUUAGAGAAAAUAUAUUUAAUAUCCCCUGUCAGUUAAGUGUGUGAAAAACUGGGGGUGGCUUUUGGUUUCAACAGGAGAGAGCGGAGCUGAAAACAAUGACCAAAUUCGAAGGCAAAACAACAGAUUAAUAAUCCCCUCUAAUAUUCCCCUCUAAUAUUCCCCUCUAAUCAUCAUGCUUUGUAUUUUUUCUUUCUGAAACAAAAGUGAUCAGUGUUUUGGACUCGUUUUAUUAAAUGUCUUUCAUAACGAAUUUCUUUCUAUUAUGUCUCCUGAAAUGCAACCUCGCCAAUGUGAAAAAUAAUACGUUAUUUUGAGGACCUCGGGGAUAUGUGUUUAUUUUAGAUAAAAGUUCAUAAAUAUCCCACCUGAGAUUACGACUCUCGCCCGACAACAUAGUUAGUUUGCUGGUGGGAUCGCCAUCUCGUCCGGGGGAACAAAUUAAUUUGGGUCUCCUCAGCUUCCUCUUUGAAAUUCUCCCAUGGGUUUGAAUCAUGUUUAGCAUUUUUAAUCAUUUUUUGUUUUGUAUUUAUGUACUUCCAAUUAUUUUCCUUAGCUCGUUGUACUGCAUCAAGCCGUUUCUGUAAUUACCAGUUUAGAAUCUCAAGUUAGAGGUAAGACGAGGGCAAAAUGUGUCCAGACAAAAACAUAACGAUCGAUCCACAUCGUGCAAGCUGAAAAAUUGCUUGAUCACUCUGUGGAUUCAUAAGAUAUACAGGGUGUAUAAAAAAAUGUAAUCCAAAUUUAGCGUGCUCUUGUGCCACAAUGUUAAGUGUACAGAUCUAAUAAAAGUGGGGGGUUUAGCCCUCCCAGCCCCCCAAAAAUGGAUACGUUUAUAUAUAAAAAUUGAGUAAAUUUAGAAAAAAAAUUUAGAAAAGAUGAAAGAAAACCGGCACGUGCAUUAAAAAUAUCAAGUAUAUACAUGUAGGAAAGGUUGGCUCCCAUCUACAUUUUCCGGAAAAGUUUCUAUAUGUUGGACAAUUUAUGGAAAUUAGCCCCCUCAAAAUAAAAACUGUUCCGCCGCCAGUGCUUCCAACAAUCAAGUGAGAUGUCCAACAUAUCCUGCUAUUUAUCCAUAUUAGUGCGACUGUAUUUGGUUCUUUGUAUUUCCUAGAACGCAACCUCAAUCCUAAAGCAGCAUGUUUAAAAAGGCGUGAAGAGGAAAAAGUAGAUGAUGAAUUACCAGAAAAAAGACUGGCACCUAACGACAUAGAUAAAUCUUACGAUCAUGUGGGUUUUUCUCCGGGGGGUGGUGGACCUAUGAGAGGCGGUGGGAACAGAGCCCGACGAGGAAGAAGGUCGUCGAAAGGUAUACGGAGUUUUAAUAUUGAUUCAUUGACGCUUCCAUCCACUUUGAUUAACACUCGUAACACUUGCUUUGCUUUGAUUUGCUUUGCUUUGCUUUGCUUUGAAUUGCUUUGCUGUGAUUUGCUUUGCUUUGCUUUGACUUACUUUAAUGCUUUGACUUUGCUUUGCUUUGACUUGCUUAUAACCAACAAAUAUUCCACGAAGAAGAUGCGUGUUUCCACGGUGAAGCUGCAUAUUUGUUUGGAGAAAAGGCUUUCCGUGACAGAAUAACGGCAAUAUUCCACGGAAAUUUACUUCCAUGAAAUAACAACGCGUUUGUACGGAGGAGGUACACGUUUCUGCGGAGAAGGGUUGGCCCUUAUGUGCCACCGUAGCAUUGCGUUGCAUUGAUUGGUUUCCUUUCCUUUGCUUCUUUGCUUUCCACUCUACUUGAGUUUACCCUGCUUUACUCUAUUUUGCUUUGCAUUCCUUUGGCUUUGCUUUUACCCCUUUCAGCAGUUGUUAAAGAACAAGCACGACUUGCCCCCCGCAGAUAAAAUUUAGCGUAUAUACUAAUCUUAUAACAUUAUUAUAAAUUAUUAACCCAAAUGGCGCUUAUAUAAUCUUGUGAAUCAGAAUGUAUGAUUUUGUAUGGGGCGGCCAUAAGCAUGCAUCUAACUGAUAUGACUUUGAAUGUUGGCUAUACUUAUUUAAACAUAUAGAUAUUACUGCCCUGCCAAUUUUAACAUCAUUUCGUUACGUUUCAGGUGGCUGUGGGGACGUCUGA